AUGACUACCCUGCCCCCGCUGCCCAUGACACGCCCAAAGCUUACGGCCUUGGCUAGACAGAAGCUGCCGUGCUCACCAAGAACAAUUCCAAGGUCUGAACUGAUCAAAGAAAAAGAUGACAUAGAUCAUUAUCUGGAGGUGAAUUUCAAAGGAUUGUCAAAAGAGGAGGUUGCUGCUUACCGGAACUCGUACACGAAGAACGUCUGUGUGGAGAUGCUGCGGGAUGGUUAUCAUAAAUCCUUUACUGAGUUCUUCGCUCUGACAGAGAAGUGGGGUGCCCUGAGGGAGGCUGCGAGGGUCCGAUCCCUGUCCUGGGCACAGAGACCCCUGGAAGAGCAGCCCGACAAGCUGGAUCACUUCUACUACUACCUGACCAGGGCUGAGACAGCUGAAAGGAAAGAGUACUUUGAAGAGGUCUAUAAUAACUUGUACGCUCUGGCCUGUUACUUCAAUAAUUCUGAAGACAAGUGGGUUAGAAACCACUUCUAUGAACGAUGUUUUAAGAUUGCUCAAGUCAUCAAAAUUGACGGUGGGAAGAAGGAAGCCGAGGCACAUGGACACAUGGGGCUGCUCUUCGAGGAGGAUGGUCAGCUUCUGGAAGCUGCGGAGCAUUAUGAAGCCUUCCAUCAAUUGACGCAAGGGCGGAUAUGGAAGGAUGAGACAGGCCGUGUUCUCAACUUGUUGGCCUGCGAGAGUCUCCUGAGGACCUACAGAUUACUCUCAGACAAAAUGCUGGAAAAUAAAGAAUACAAACAGGCCAUCAGAAUUCUAAUAAAAGCUUGUGAAAUAGCCAAAGAAGGAAAUGACAAAAAGAUGGAAGGAGAGGCUUCCUAUUACUUGGGCUUAGCGCACUUGGCUGCUGGAGAGUAUGAAACAGCAUUAGCAGUCCUCAACACUUACGGCAAAAUCUCUACAGACCUGGAUGAUGAUCUCAGCCUGGGGAGAGCCUAUGAAGCCACGGCCAAGGUCCUGCAGAGCCAAGGACAGAUGGCAGAAGCAGUCAAAUACUUGAAAAAAGUUAUGAAAAUUGCAAGAAACAACUUUCAAAACCUGGAUUUUGUGAGAGCAAGUACAAUGCUUGGGGACAUCUACAACGAAAAAGGCCACUAUAGCAAAGCUUCUGAAUACUUUCAGCAAGCUUUCCACACAACAGCAGACAUAAUGAACAUAUCUCUGAUGGAUGAAACUAAAGUUCAUUAUGGAAUCGCAAAAGCUCAUCAAAUGAUGCUGAUGGUUAACAGUUGUAUAGAAUCUGCAGACCUCACCAGCCUUGACUACCUGCUGUCAUGGAAGGAGAGUAGAAGCGACAUGGUACCUGAUCCAACUUCUGGAGAGUUUAGAAGAUCCACAAUGGAGAGUUUAUAUCACACCUCAGAGUUUUCAGAAGAGGAAUCCAGUGGAUUUUCAGGUAAUCAAAAAAAUGACACUUAA